GGCUUCACCGAAGAUGUACAACCUUGUUGGAAACACAUCAGAUUUCAUUUUGGAAGGUUUCUUCUUUUCGCCGGAAGCCAGGGUGCCCUUGUUUUUGUUAGUAUUUUUUGGGUAUAUGAUAAUUGUUUUUGUGAAUACAACACUUUUUCUAGUUAUAGCUCUUCAUACACAUUUGCAUGGACCGAUGUAUAUAAUGUUAUGUAACCUAAUAUUGUGCGACGUAAUCGGCAGUACCGCACUAAUGCCGAGAAUGAUGUCUGACUUUUUUGUUGAUGUGAAGGUGAUCUCUUUUGCAGCAUGUAUUAUACAAGCUUUCUGCAUUCACAUGUAUUACACAGUAGGACAGCUGAUACUAACCGCAAUGGCCAUAGACAGAUAUGUGGCGAUUUGUAACCCUCUCCGUUACUCUGCAAUCAUGACGCCGCGGAUGGUAAUGAAACUCUGCUCGAUGGCCUGGGGAGGCUCCUUCAUUCUUAUCGUCGUUCUUUUGUCGAUUACAAUAAGACUUCCAAAAUGUAAAUCAGUAGUAGUACACGCAUAUUGUUUCAACGGAGCUUUGUUUGUAUUGGCUUGUGGAGAUUAUUCAAUAAAUAACAUUUAUGGAUUAUUUAUUACAUAUUUCACAUCUGCUUUGUCUUUUUCGGUCAUUGCUUUCACUUACGCAAAAAUUCUAAUAACUUGUCUUUUCAAAUCGCAAGCCAAUGCCAAAAGUAAAGCUCUUCAGACCUGUGCUUCACACUUAACGGUUUAUGUUGUAUUUGAAACCACUCUUUUAUUUUCAAUCAUGGCUUUGCGGUUUCCAAAUAUCAAUCCUACUUUAACAAAGAUAUUCGGGACAGUGAUGAUUACCGUUCCACCUUGUCUAAAUCCCCUAAUUUAUGGAAUAAACACAAAAGAAAUUCGAAAUACUGUUCUGAAAUAUUUUAAAAACAAACUAACAUCUAGUUAG